AUGGGCUUGACGACGUAUCUCCGCCUCCCACAAAUAGACACAGAUGCCGUACUACCACAAAACUCCUCGUACAAGGUCCCAAUUCACCUGAGGUGGCGCUUGUUUUCUGUCAUGCGAGCAUCAGUCGCGCUCAUUCUGACAGCGUCUCUGCUCGGAUUUCUAUUCCAUUCUCAAAUAAAUCGUCUCAGCAUACUCAUCCCUGACCCAAUUCCAACCAUCUCAACUCCUCCAGGCUGGAGAUAUUAUGCAGCGCCCUCCCCUUCCCAGACGCCGUUGCUAAACACAUCUACACACUCGCUCAUUCCCACCCGCAGUCAACGUCUCAUUUCUCUCGAAUGCGCCGAUCUCUGGAUUUCGCGAGGCCUGGUUUGCCCUUCCUUGCGCUCGACACUCUCUUCUGCCCUUGAGCGAGGAGACAACGGCGCCGUAGACGUGCUGUGGACAUGGAUCAACGGCUCAGAUCCUUAUCUGACCCCGGUACGCGACGUGGCCUCCGCAGCAUACAAGCCUCUCAAAUCAACAUCAGGCAAGGCGGCCGUCGGAGCGGCGGCGCGCCACUUCCGUGAUCACGACGAAUUGCGGUUCUCGAUGCGAAGCGCGUUCGAGUACCUGCCUUCCGAGCUGGUGCGCAAAUAUCACCUCUUCACAUCCAGCCUUCCUCUAGAGGCGGCGAACAUAUCGGAUUCCGUCAAUCAAGGGCGAAUGGGGCAUAUUCCCACCUGGCUGGACUUGAAGGCCCUGGAGAGUCCUCACAUCGGCGUCCAGCACCACUGGGAAGCGUAUAAAGUGACGGAUAAGGUUCUUCAGGAGCAGGGCUUCGAACGCGGUGAAGCAGGGGCGGAGGAAUGGCGGCGGGCCGUUCUGCCUUCUUUCAACAGUCUCGCGAUCGAAAGUCAGCUACCGCACGUCGGGGACCUGGAAGACCUCCUUGUUUACCUCAACGACGACUACUACAUCACUCGGCAAUUGAACGCGGCCGACCUCGAGACCAUUUUGUACGGGCCCGUUUUUCGAAUUCAACGCGACUGGGGCAUCUGGUCCCUGUCUCCAAGUGGGUGGGAGACGUAUUCGCAGGACCUAGAAGGCGAGCAACCGACUCUCAUGCUGGCGAACCACUUCUUGUCCAAACGCUUCGGGAGCCGGGUUCGCAAGUACAUUCGUCACGUCAUGCGUACGAUGUCGGUCCCCGUGCUGAAAGAGGUCGCAAGUGUGUGGCCGGACGAGUUGGCGUCGACUGGAAGCGUGAAAUUCAGAGGACGCGGACCUCAAGUUCACCUGGCCUUCAUGCAGAUGUGGUACCACAUCGAAAAGCAUCGCGAAGCAUUACUUCAUUCGUUCGUGAUGUUGAAGUCCGACGCGGACCAAUCUGGCGUGCUGUCACCCUCCGAGCAACUCACACUACUUUCUGACCUUGGCAACAUCACGAGGAGCGGUGGCCUACACAUUGACGUCCAUAUGCCAUUUCGUGUCAGCGAUCCCAUUGCACGCAUGGAGGAAGCAGGCCUCGUGCCUCCAUUGGAGACAGAGUACGAGUGGACUGCCGCUGAUGGAUACCCCUUGGUGCGACAAAACUCCAUGGAAUGGCCAGAUUAUGGCGGGCGAUAUGGCCAUCGUCGCACUUGCUCGAUCGUGAUUGAGUCCUGUUUCCCACAAGGUUUCGGCGGGGAUACCGAGCUCAAAACUGAAGACGUGUUCAAGAAACUAGCGUUUGAAAGCCCGAACUGCGGCGACUGUGCAAUCAUGGCUUUGUUGAGUCAGAGUGGAGAGGCCGGCUUGGAGGCCUUUCUCCCCAAACCGCGCGAGGGGCGCCUGGAAGGAAGUUGGUGGGAGCAAAACGGGGUCCCAGAGCACUAUGAGCUUGUUGGAGGCCAGGGCUCAACGUGGUCCGAAGCGUCGUACGAGCCCUCCGCAGCAGCGAAGAACGACCCUCGUGCAUAUGCCGUCCGCAACAUCCAGCGGUAUCAGUACGCGAUAGGGGAUACGCCGAUGGAAUGGUUGCAGGUCAAAGAUAACGUCACCGCUGCCCCGAAAUUGGAGCCUCUCAAGGAUCCAAAGGGCGCAUGUGCUCUCCUUGCGAUCAACGACGAUGUUGCUGAAGAUGUCGAAAUGGAGCCUACAGAUCGCUUAUUACGAGAUUGGUACGAAGCAAGAUGGGGUAGUAUACGAGCUUGGUGGGAGCGCAGCGAAUGA